ACCUUUGUUCGCAAUGCUCGGUCGGGUGAUGUGGGGCUGGGGCGUCAUGGCGGGAAUGUACGGAUGCGUGCACAUGAUCGGAUCAACUCUAGCACAGAGAGGAAUCUUGACAUCUUCCUCCUCGUCUUCUUCCUCCUCCUCUGCCACUCCUCAGAAACGAACAGCAUCCUCAGGUCACAGUGGCAAAGCAGGCGAGGAGGCGGUACAUACUCCGAUUAUCUUCCUUACCCCAUGGAUCAAAGUUCCUCUCAAGGCUCCAGGGAUGCUUUUUGCUUCCUACCUCGCGUCUGCUGCCACAAAGGCACUCGCCUAUCCCCAGACUUCUCCCAUUAGCAAACUUCUGGGUGUGGGUGAAUCUGUCGUCCUUGCAGCGGGUGUCGGCUUAUUCAGCAUCUCUGCUUAUCUGUACUACUCCAGUGUAAAGUACAUGGUGGACGUCGGGACUCCAGUUCCCUAUGGCUUUCAAGUGAAGACGCUGUGUACCAACGGACCCUUCCGGUACUUCAAGCAUCCGAUCUACACCGCGCUCUUUGGAUGCUGUCUGGCGACACCUCUUGUGUUGGACUGCUCAUGGUGCUUCAUAUCACCCGCCCUGUUCUGGGCCUAUGUCUUCUGGUUUGUGGUCCCGCGAGAAGAGAAGUACAUGAAGGACAAGUUCGGCAAGGAGUACGAGAAUUUUUCAACAGGUUCUCAACAAUCCCUAUCUUCUUUCAAUGGUUUGCGAAUUAGAUGCGCGUAGGUUGCAAGGUGUGAUUGAUACUUGACGUGGUGAACAAGAAAAUG